AUGUCGGGCACUCUGCCAGAAUUGGCACCUUACCCAACAGACCAAGUUCUGAAGAGCCUCGACAGAGCCACUUUCGACUCGGUAAUCUCCAGUUGGGCAGCUCUGAUUCAGUUCUAUGUUGUUGAUUCUGCUGGAAGAUAUCCAAACAGUCUAAGGACCUUUAUCGAAUCGUAUAUCCAUGGCUCAGCUAAAGCCAUUAAUACAACAGAUGUGAAAUCAACAAAAGUCAAUUCCAGUAAACAACAAAGAAAGGGCAAAGAAAGAGACACUAGUCACACAUCGAACCGAGAGGCGAGCUUACGGUCUGGAGUGUUCACUCUCGUCACAUCUAAACACAUUAUUCCUCGACCAACUCCUGAAUUUGUAUGGGAUUUUAUUUCUCUAUAUGGACCCAAGAAUGUUGCCAAGACCAUUCAAUAUGUAAAAUAUCUCGACAAGAGCUUCCCAGUGAUGAUUACCAAACUCAGCAAACUAGCUGUACAUACGAUAAAGAACAGCAAUAACGUCAGUAGUGAUACAAUUUUAAAGACAAUUGCUAUUCUGAUUAUUGAUCCAGAGCUUUCAACUAAGUUUCUCACUGACAACUGGUAUGCUGAAUUAUAUUCAGUCGAAUCGGACUUGGCAAUGCAGGUGAUCUCCCUAUGUCAGAACGGAGUAUCAUAUCCGGGACCUGGCGAUACAAAUAGAAAAGGAAAACAGCGAAUGACAACUGCACAAUCCCCUAGUGCGAAUCCAGAAGACAUUAGCAUGUUACUGGAUCUAUUCCCAGAUCUCAAUAUAAAGUCCGCGAACAAAGUUCUCGCCUCUCAUUCGAGUGUUGAGACGGCAACUGCUUAUCUAUUAGAAAACGAAAACGCCUUUGAUGGACUAGAAAGUGAUGAUAGCGAUGAAGACUACAGUGUUUCUGAUGCUGAUAGUGACAAAAACUCGUCUGACGAAGAAAUUAAGCGAUACCAACCUUUAGCAAACAAAAAGGCAAAUAAGCAGAUCAGACCCAGCAAUCCUGAUACAGCAGCUCUAGAAGCGACAUUGCGACUGAUAUAUGAGGCCGACGAGGAUGAGCGAGAUGAUACGUACGACGAUGCUCCACGUACCGAGGAAGAAGCUGCCAGUACAGCAGCCCUUAUGAAAAUCGAGAAGCAGCUCUGGCAGAUAUACAACAGCACACCUGACAUUUUCAAACGAGAAUCACGCAAGGCGAAACAACGACUGGAGCUUCGAAAAGUAACAGGCUGGACCGACGAACAAAUAGAAGGAUGGGCACGGAUCAUCGAGAAGAACCCGCGUCGCAAGGCCUAUCUCGAAGAGCGGUUCAUGUUCCAAGGAAACCUCCCACACAUGAGACACGCGGCACUGAAAAGAGUCCAAUCCAACGACAACGGCAGCCUAUCAACACCCGUAACAGAAGACGACACCGACCACAACGACUCGGACGAGCCAAUAUCCAGUGAACCCGCACCACAGUCACACUCCAAAACCCACCCACCCGACGCCAACCGGUCCAAGCAACAAAUCAAAAAUCAGAGACAGCGCUCCGACAAGUACAAAUCCAUCCAGCGUCAGCGCCAAAAGGACAAGCAUUCCAAGAAAAUGGGUCUAGAAUAG